UACCAUUCGUUAUUGUUUUGUUCUUCGUACUAGUUCGAGAUAACGUCGUGUCUUUUUCACUAUUUCAUUUCAUUGUGUCCUAACUUAUGCUUUUUACAUGUAUACAUCUAUAUAAAUAUAUACGUUUAAAUGUAAUAAUAAAACUAAGGAUUUAAUUUUAAUAGCGGUUGACGAUGUUUGUUGGGGAGUGCCGAUAUAAAGUUUCCUUGAAUCGCCACUUCCAUUGCGUUAUGAGAACGUUCUUAUUUCUCGGUGGUACUAUAUUCGUGCGCGUAUAAUUAAUACAAAUUAUUAUAUAGUGUUAACGACACAAAUCGUGAUUAAGAGCCAUGGAGAAUACGGGCUUGAGUCCAUUGUUAAUAACGAAAUUAAGGAUUAAGGAUACUAUAAAUAAAAUAAAGAAUAAAUCGCCACAAUUGCAGGAAGUUCUUAGACAGAGAUGUCGUCGAAGAAUGAAGGAAAGAAGAAAAGAAAUAUUUAACGUGAGAAGACUCGGCCUCGGGGAUACAUCUGAAAAGCCGGAAGAAGAUUUCCAAUUGGAUAGAGAAAUGGACGAGGAAGAAGAGAACUGGAUAUACGAAGAAUACGAGCGUAUGCUGCAGGACGAAAUCGAGUGGAUAGAGUCGCUUGUUUAUGACGAUAGGAAAAAACUAAUUUGUCCUGUAUGCCAGACCGGUACCAUGAUAGAAAUAUCAGAGUCCGUAUAUUGCAAGGAUUGCGGAUUCUGGCCGAUAAAUUGUAACGAUAUUCGAACUCUUGGAAAUUUAAUCGAUAAUAGCGUUAAUAAUCAUUCCCAACAUUGUACCGCAGUACCUGGCUUUACAAUGGUCAGCGAAAACAAAGGUUCCGUAUUGUAUAUGACGUGCGAAGAAUGUUCAUUCUUAACGUGCGUUAUAUAAUAUCCCUGCUGAAGAGUAAUUACUUUGCGAAUAUUUUAGACGUUUAUUUAGGCCUCAUUGUUAUACUUAAUUUAUUACAAUUCGUGCGUAUAAGUUUUAAUUCGUAAAUUAAUUUAGCGACACGCUAUGCGAUACGACUGUGUUUUUACGCGAUAUAAAUUCUGACAUUUUUAUGAGAAGGAUUAGAUAUAAAGUUAUUCUAAUCUUAUUUAUUUAAUUGAAAAUCAAUCCCAAGAGAGAUAACAUUAUAUCUUAUUACUAAAUUGUAAGUGUAUCCAUGUUCAAGCAGUAAGUAAACGUGUGCCAUCAACAGUAUUUAUUUUCUAACGUGAAUAAUUGUAACAAAUAUACAAGGUACAAUAUCGUUAUCCCAUUUUAUCAAGAUUAACAUUUGUUUUAAUAAUAACGUUAUAAUAUAAUUGUCACGUGAACAUGAUAGAUAGAUUGUAUGUACAAAAUAAACAAACAUUCCUUUGCUGU